AUGGGGCGACUUGGAAAAUGGGCACUUAUCAUGAUGGAGUUUGACAUCACCUUUGUGCCUCAAAAAGCAAUCAAGGGUCAAGCCUUGGCGGAAUUUCUCGCAGUGCACCCAAUUCCAGACGACUCACCACUUGUCACGGACCUUCCUGACGAGGAGGUUUUCAACGUCAACCUCGAUGCGUCGUGGGAGCUCUACUUUGAUGGUGCCUCCCGCAUGGACGCCGACUCCGAUGGUACCCCAAGACGAAGAGCCGGUGCAGGUUUAGUGUUCAAGACGCCACAAGGGGGGGUGAUGUAUCACUCAUUCUCCCUCCUAAAAGAAGAAUGCUCCAACAAAGAAGCAGAGUACGAGGCGCUCAUCUUCGGCCUCCUUUUGGCGCUCUCCAUGGAGGUUCGUUCCUUGCGGGCUUAUGGAGACUCUCAACUCAUCAUUCGUCAAGUCAACGACAUGUAUGAAGUUCGCAAGCCUGAACUAGUGCCGUACUAUUCCGUGGCCCGAAAUCUAAUGGGAAAAUUUCAACAUGUUGAAGUGCUUCAUGUCCCGCGAAGUAGGAAUGCACCUGCUGAUGCCUUGGCGAAACUAGCAGCGGCAUUGGUGCUUCCAGAUAAUAAAACAAUGCAGGUGAACGUGGAAGAAAGGUGGCUACUCUCGGCUGUCUUGGAGCUCAUCCCGGCGGAGUACGAAGUCAAUACCGUCAUGACAAAUGUCGUAGAGGAGGGCGAGUGGCUGCAACCAUUCCUCGACUACUUCAAGCAUGGGAGCCUCCCCGACGACCCUGUCACGAGGCGCCAACUACAACGACGACUCCCUUUCUAUGUUUUUGAAGCAGGUGUCCUAUACAGACGUUCGCAUGGACAGGAGGUCCUACUUCGAUGCGUCAACCGAAGUGAAGCCGACAAGAUCCUACAGGAGAUGCAUCAUGGAGUCUGUGGCGGGCACCAAGGAGGGGCCAAGAUAGCAGGAGACUACUGGCCCGGCAUUAUGGCAGACUGCCUUCGGGUGGCUAGAUCGUGCCACAACUAUGAAGUUCAUGGUGAUUUCAAGCACAGGCCGCCGGUCCCUCUUCACCCUACCAUUCCCUCUUGGUCGUUCGAUGCCUGGGGAAUCGACGUCAUCGGCCCUAUCGACCCUCCAUCUUCUAGGGGGCUUCGCUUCAUCCUCGCCACGACGGACUACUUCUCGAAGUGGGCGGAAGCUGUCCCGUUACGGGAGGUGAAGAGUGACAACGUCAUCAACUUCCUAGAGCGAAACAUCAUAUAUCGCUUUGGGAUACCUGAUCGGAUCACCUCCGACAACGGCAAGGUCUUCAAGUCCAACAAUAUGUACAGGUUCACGGAGAAGUACAAGAUCAAGUGGAACUACUCCACCGGCUACUACCCUCAAGCUAACGGCGCGAUCGAGGCUUUCAACAAGACGCUCGGCAAGAUACUCAAGAAGACGGUGACAAGGAAUCAGAGAGACUGGCAUGAUCGUCUCUUCGAGUCCUUAUGGGCGUACCAUGUCACACCGUACCCCAACACAGGCAACUUCGUUCUCUCUCGUUUACGGGAGUGA